AUGGCUACUCCACAGUGUGCUGACACCAACAAACACUCCAUGGCUACUCCGGAGUAUGCUGACACCAACAAGCACUCCGUGGCUACUCCACAAUGUGCUGACACCAACAAGCACUCCAUGGCUACUCCACAGAGUGCUGACACCAACAAGUACUCCAUGGCUACUCCACAGAGUGCUGACACCAACAAGUACUCCAUGGCUACUCCACAGAGUGCUGACACCAACAAGCACUCCGUGGCUACUCCAAAAUGUGCUGACACCAACAAGCACUCCGUGGCUACUCCACAGAGUGCUGACACCAACAAGUACUCCAUGGCUACUCCACAAUGUGCUGACACCAACAAGCACUCCGUGGCUACUCCAAAAUGUGCUGACACCAACAAGCACUCCGUGGCUACUCCACAGAGUGCUGACACCAACAAGUACUCCAUGGCUACUCCACAAUGUGCUGACACCAACAAGCACUCCAUGGCUACUCCACAAUGUGCUGACACCAACAAGUACUCCAUGGCUACUCCACAAUGUGCUGACACCAACAAGUACUCCAUGGCUACUCCACAAUGUGCUGAUACCAACAAGCACUCCAUGGCUACUCCACAGUGUGCUGACACCAACAAACACUCCAUGGCUACUCCGGAGUAUGCUGACACCAACAAGCACUCCAUGGCUACUCCACAAUGUGCUGACAUCAACAAGCACUCCAUGGCUACUCCACAAUGUGCUGACACCAACAAGCACUCCGUGGCUACUCCACAAUGUGCUGACACCAACAAGCACUCCAUGGCUACUCCACAAUGUGCUGACACCAACAAGUACUCCAUGGCUACUCCACAAUGUGCUGACACCAACAAGUACUCCAUGGCUACUCCACAAUGUGCUGAUACCAACAAGUACUCCAUGGCUACUCCACAAUGUGCUGACACCAACAAGUACUCCAUGGCUACUCCACAAUGUGCUGAUACCAACAAGCACUCCAUGGCUACUCCACAGUGUGCUGACACCAACAAACACUCCAUGGCUACUCCGGAGUAUGCUGACACCAACAAGCACUCCAUGGCUACUCCACAAUGUGCUGACAUCAACAAGCACUCCAUGGCUACUCCACAAUGUGCUGACACCAACAAGCACUCCGUGGCUACUCCACAAUGUGCUGACACCAACAAGCACUCCAUGGCUACUCCACAGUGUGCUGACACCAACAAGUACUCCAUGGCUACUCCACAAUGUGCUGACACCAACAAGUACUCCAUGGCUACUCCACAAUGUGCUGAUACCAACAAGCACUCCAUGGCUACUCCACAGUGUGCUGACACCAACAAACACUCCAUGGCUACUCCGGAGUAUGCUGACACCAACAAGCACUCCAUGGCUACUCCACAAUGUGCUGACAUCAACAAGCACUCCAUGGCUACUCCACAAUGUGCUGACACCAACAAGCACUCCGUGGCUACUCCACAAUGUGCUGACACCAACAAGCACUCCAUGGCUACUCCACAGUGUGCUGACACCAACAAGUACUCCAUGGCUACUCCACAAUGUGCUGACACCAACAAGCACUCCAUGGCUACUCCACAAUGUGCUGACACCAACAAGCACUCCGUGGCUACUCCACAGAGUGCUGACACCAACAAGUACUCCAUGGCUACUCCACAGAGUGCUGACACCAACAAGUACUCCAUGGCUACUCCACAGAGUGCUGACACCAACAAGUACUCCAUGGCUACUCCACAGAGUGCUGACACCAACAAGCACUCCGUGGCUACUCCACAAUGUGCUGACACCAACAAGUACUCCAUGGCUACUCCACAAUGUGCUGACACCAACAAGCACUCCAUGGCUACUCCACAAUGUGCUGACACCAACAAGUACUCCGUGGCUACUCUACAGUGUGCUGACACCAACAAGUACUCCAUGGCUACUCCACAAUGUGCUGACACCAACAAGCACUCCAUGGCUACUCCACAGAGUGCUGACAUCAACAAGUACUCCAUGGCUACUCCACAAUGUGCUGACACCAACAAGCACUCCGUGGCUACUCCACAAUGUGCUGACACCAACAAGCACUCCAUGGCUACUCCACAAUGUGCUGACACCAACAAGCACUCCAUGGCUACUCCACAAUGUGCUGACACCAACAAGUACUCCAUGACUACUCCACAAUGUGCUUACACCAACAAGUACUCCAUGGCUACUCCACAGUGUGCUGACACCAACAAGCACUCCGUGGCUACUCCACAAUGUGCUGACACCAACAAGCACUCCAUGGCCACUCCACAAUGUAAUGUUCUCCUUGCAGGUACUACACAGAGAAAUUGUAUUUGCCUAACAUGA